ACAACAGCAUAAACUAUGGUCCACGAAGGAGGAGAUCAUGCUCAGACGGAUGGCAAUGCGAGCUUUUUACGAGCAGCAAGAGCUGGAAAUUUGGAGAAGGUCAUUGAAUACUUGAAAGGAAACAUUGAUAUCAACACAAGCAAUGCAAAUGGGCUGAAUGCUUUGCACCUUGCAGCAAAAGAAGGCCAUGUAAGUGUUGUCACAGAGCUGCUAAAAAGAGGAGCGAACGUGAAUGCUGCGACAAAGAAGGGAAAUACAGCGCUACAUAUUGCAUCUCUUGCUGGCCAAGAGGAAGUAGUUAGAGUUUUAGUACAGUUGGGUGCCAACGUAAAUGUUCAGUCUCAAAAUGGAUUCACGCCAUUGUAUAUGGCAGCUCAAGAAAAUCAUGAUUCUGUGGUCUCGUUCCUUUUAGCUAAUGGGGCGAAUCAAAGCCUUGCAACUGAGGAUGGUUUCACCCCAUUAGCUGUAGCAUUGCAACAAGGCCAUGAUAAAGUGGUUGCUGUUCUUUUAGAAAAUGAUACCAAAGGGAGAGUACGAUUACCAGCCUUGCACAUUGCUGCCAAAAAAGAUGACUGCAAAGCUGCAACUUUACUUUUACAAAGUGAUCACAAUCCAGAUGUUACCUCAAAGAGUGGUUUUACACCUUUACACAUAGCUGCUCACUAUGGCAAUGAAAGCAUUGCUAAAAUUCUUUUAAAUAAAGGAGCUGAUGUGAACUAUGCUGCUAAACACCAAAUUACACCUCUUCAUGUAGCUUCCAAAUGGGGAAAAAUGAACAUGGUUGUUUUACUUCUUGAAAAUGGGGCCAAUAUUGAAGCUGCCACAAGGGAUGGCCUUACACCUUUGCAUUGUGCCGCUCGCAGUGGUCAUGACCAAGUUGUUGAUUUGCUACUUGAAAAGGGUGCUCCAUUUCUGGCUAAAACAAAAAAUGGGCUUGCACCAUUACAUAUGGCUUCACAGGGUGAUCACGUUGAUAGUGCUCGAAUUUUAUUGUAUCAUAAAGUUCCUGUAGAUGAUGUUACUGUUGACUAUCUUACAGCACUGCAUGUAGCUGCGCACUGUGGUCAUGUAAAGGUGGCCAAACUUCUCCUAGAUCGCAAAGCUGAUCCUAAUGCUAGAGCUUUGAAUGGAUUUACGCCUUUGCAUAUAGCAUGCAAAAAGAACAGAAUUAAAGUAGUUGAAUUAUUAUUGAAGCAUGGGGCUUCUAUUGAAGCUACAACAGAGUCUGGGCUUACACCACUCCAUGUAGCCUCUUUUAUGGGCUGCAUGAAUAUUGUGAUCUAUCUCAUUCAAAAUGGAGCAAAUCCUGAUGUGCCUACAGUGAGAGGUGAAACUCCUCUGCAUUUAGCUGCUCGUGCCAAUCAGACAGAUAUCAUUAGAAUUCUUUUACGGAAUGGUGCAAGUGUAGAUGCAAGAGCUCGAGAAGAGCAAACUCCACUCCAUAUAGCUGCCAGGCUUGGUAACGUAGAUAUAGUAAGUCUUUUACUGCAGCAUGGUGCUGCUGUAGAUGCUACAACUAAAGAUAUGUACACAGCACUCCACAUUGCAGCCAAGGAAGAUCAAGAAGAAGUUGCAUCAGCUCUUCUAGACCAUGGAGCUUCCCUCACUUCUACAACUAAAAAAGGAUUUACACCUCUUCACUUAGCAGCAAAAUAUGGGAAUAUCAAAGUUGCUCGUUUAUUAUUGCAGAAAGGUGCUCCUGUUGAUGCACAAGGAAAGAAUGGUGUUACACCUCUUCAUGUUGCUGCUCAUUAUGAUCAUGUGAAUGUUGCACUCUUGUUAUUAGAAAAGGGUGCUGCACCACAUGCAAUGGCCAAAAAUGGUUAUACACCUCUUCACAUUGCUGCCAAGAAAAAUCAGAUGGAUAUUGCAAGUACUCUUCUAGAAUAUGGUGCAAAAACUAAUUCAGAGUCUAAGGCUGGUUUUACUCCUCUUCAUCUGUCAUCUCAAGAAGGACAUGCAGAUAUGUCACUACUUCUGAUUGAUCACAAAGCUGAUGUUAAUCACAAAGCUAAUAAUGGUCUUACUCCACUUCAUCUUUGUGCACAAGAUGACAGAGUAAAUGUGGCAACUGUACUUGUCAAACAUGGUGCUGAAAUUGGACCACAAACGAAAGCAGGCUAUACUCCUUUGCAUGUAGCUUCUCAUUUUGGACAAAUAAAUAUGGUUCGGUUUUUACUCCAGCAUGAUGCUAAUGUGCAUACAACAACAUCACAUGGUUAUACACCUCUUCAUCAAGCUGCCCAACAAGGCCACACGCUUGUUGUCAAUCUUCUUCUUGAAAAUCAAGCAUCUCCAAAUGUUACUACAAUGCAAGGACAAACACCUCUAUCCAUAGCUCAACGCUUAGGUUACAUAUCAGUAGUUGAAACUCUGAAGGUAGUAACUGAAACAACUGUCACAACUACUACAACGACUGUUACUGAAGAAAAAUACAAGGUGGUUGCUCCAGAAACAAUGCAAGAAACUUUUAUGACUGAUUCAGAAGAUGAAGGAGGUGCUGACUUUGAUGAAGCUGCAAUAUUUGGAAAGCCUACUCAUGCGACUCAUGUCUAUCUCCCUUAUGUUGAGGGCCAAAACUUUCAAAUGAGUGAAGAAGCUAUGCUUGGUGAUCAAUCAUACAGGUACAUCUCAGCAGAUGAAUUAAAAUCUUUAGGUGAUGAUUCAUUGCCCAUAGAUGUAACAAAAGAUGAAAAGCAACACGAUGUAAUGCAAUCUGUUAAGCAGUUUGGUGCUCCUAUGGUUGAGGAGGAUAAUCUUUCACCUCAACAUGUUACUCCUGUGGAGAGUGGUUUUGUUGAGAAAUUUUCCCCUGACAAUAUAGACUUGACUCGUGUUCCUGUACAUGCUGGAAGUUUUAGUUGGGAUGAUGAUUACUACUAUUCUUUUCAUCCAAAAGGCAUGUUGCGAAGCAGCAGGCUAAAAUGGAAAACGUUUCUUGUAAGUUUCAUGGUUGAUGCACGAGGUGGUGCUAUGCGCGGCUGUCGACAUUCAGGUGUGAGAGUCAUCAUACCACCUCGUAAAGCAUCUAUGCCCAUGCGAAUAACUUGCCGCUAUCUUAGAAAAGAAAAGUUAAUCCAUCCACCACCCUUAAUGGAAGGUGAAGCGUGUGCAUCACGUAUACUUGAAAUGGGACCAGUUGGGGCUAGAUUUCUCGGACCAGUUAUUAUCGAAGUACCUCAUUUUGCAUCUACAAGAGGAAAAGAAAGAGAAAUUACAAUAUUGAGAAGUGAUACGGGAGAAAACUGGAGAGAGCACACACUAGAAGCAUCUGAAGAAGCCGUUCAAGACGUUUUAAAUGAAAGUUUUGAAGGAGAAGAACUGAGUGCUCUUGAGGACCUUAACACCAAUAGAAUCACAAGAAUCCUGACAACAGAUUUCCCCCAGUAUUUUGCCAUUGUCACAAGAGUUCGCCAAGAAGUGCAUGGAGUUGGUCCCGAAGGUGGAAUGGUUAGCUCUACUGUUGUGCCUCAAGUCCAAGCGAUCUUUCCAGAAGGAGCUUUGACUAAAAAAAUUCGAGUUGGGCUUCAGGCUCAACCUAUUGCUCCAGAACUCGUUGCUAAGCUUCUUGGCAAUCGCGUAGCGGUGAGUCCUAUUGUAACAGUAGAACCCAGAAGAAGAAAAUUCCAUAAACCUAUAACUUUAACAAUCCCUGUUCCUCAGGCAGCUACAAAAGGAAUGAUUAAUCAGUAUAGUGGUGAUGCCCCAACAUUAAGGUUAUUGUGCAGCAUAACAGGUAGUACCAAGUCAGGAGGUUCCUCUAAAGCUCAGUGGGAGGAUGUAACUGGAUCAACUCCAUUGACUUUUGUAAAUGAUUGUGUAUCAUUUACAACUACAGUAUCUGCUAGAUUUUGGUUGAUGGAUUGUCGACAAGUACCUGAAGUUACACGAUAUGCUACUGAGUUGUACCAGGAAGCUGUUUAUGUGCCUUUUAUGUCAAAAUUUGUCAUCUUUGCCAAAAGACACGAUCCAUACGAAGCUCAGUUAAGAGUAUUCUGCAUGACUGAUGAUAAAGAAGAUAAAACCCUUGAAUCUCAAGAGCAUUUCACUGAAGUAGCUAAAAGCAGAGAUGUUGAAGUCCUUGAAGGGAACCUGCAGUAUCUAGAAUUUGCUGGCAAUUUGGUUCCUGUGACAAAGUCAGGAGAACAACUGAAACUGACAUUUCAAGCAUUUCAUGAGAAUCGUUUACCAUUUACAGUACGAGUGAAAGAUCCCCAUAUAGAACCAAUGGGUCGUAUUGCUUUCAUGAAAGAACCUAAAACUGCUCGGGGGGAACCUCCACAAGUUCCAAUAUGCAAUUUGAAUGUUGUCUUGCCAGAUAUUACACCUAGUGAAUUAAAUGCAGAAGCACUGGAAAUGGUCACAUUGGAGAAGCGAUAUGAUUACAUACAAGAAGCUGGUUUAAGUAAACCUGAGCUUAUUCAUCGUGCUGACUUACGACUGUCAGAUAUAGCACGAGAACUUGACAAAGACUGGUUGAAGUUGGCUCAACAACUUGAUGUCACAGAAAAUGAUAUUGAACAAAUAAAAGCUGAGAUAACAUAUGAUCAAUCUGAACAAGCUCUCAUGAUGUUAAGGUUGUGGCUACAAAAGUCAGGAUCAAAAGCCACUGGCAAUGAACUUGAAAAAGGCUUACGAAAAAUUAAUAGAGAAGAUAUCAUAAAGAACUGUAUGUUCAAUGUGGAACUGGUAACUGAUGAUGUUGAGAAAGCAGUUGCUAAAGUUCAUCUUGAUCAAUCAGGUUUUGAUGUCUUCAAAGAAGAAUUAGGGUCAUCUCGAGAAGCAUCUAUGAGACGAGGAGCAUCUUUGGACAUAUCCUAUGAUGAACAGGAUAUAAUGAAAGAAGCAGAAUCUCCUGCUGAGACAAGUAGUGAAAAAGGAUCAUUGUUUGAGAGAGAUCAGUUAUCUCAAGCUCUACAGAUGAAAAAG